AUGUGGUUACAUGAUGCAGCAGGUCCAAUUAUAUAUCCAGAUUUGCCUCAGAAUUGUGGCGGUUUACAGGUUUAUUUGUAUAAAUAUAAUAAAGCUGAUGAUGAAAUGUUUACUGUUGAUAUGCCUGUAAAUGAAAACGAUUGUAAUGAUGAUACUGGGGAUCGUCAUGAUUCUAAUUUAGAUAGUGACUAUGAUAUUGCUACUACUGAAUCAGAUGAUACAUUCAAUGAUGAUCAUAUAUCAGGACAAUCUGAUUUUUCCGAUUCUGAUAUUAACUAA